UGUCACUCAAUCAUUGGCCACAAUUAAAAAAAUCCCCCUCCAAAUUCCAUAAUUUCAUCAAAUCGGAUAAUGCGUAGAAAUAAAAAACAACGAAUAGCAGCCCUUCUUCCACCACCACCACCUCUUCCCAAUACACACUGAAACACAAUCCAACCCAAGUUCCCAUUUUCUCUCUCAUCAUCUCAAUAUCUCAUGAUCAAUUGAAUACUUCCUUCAUUCUAUCUCCUCUAAUGGCGAGAACCCUAAUUUCAUCCUCGCCAUUUUUCGGAACUGUAUUACCUUCGAAAUCUUAUCGUCAUGGCAUCUACUCUCUUCCUCAUCGAAGCAAAAUUAUCAGUACAACUGUGAAGUUCAGUUUCCAGGAAAUUCCUCCAAUUUCUUCGAUUGAUAGUUCGAUUGAUUUGAGUGCGGUUUUUAGUAGAGCUGAAAGUCUUAUUUAUACUCUUGCUGAUGCUGCUGUUACUGCUUCUCCUGACGCUUCUGGAGCUCCGGUGCAGAAAAGUGGUGGAUGGUUCGGGUUUAUUUCCGACGCCAUGGAAGUCGUUUUGAAGGUUAUGAAGGAUGGGCUCUCAACUUUACAUGUGCCUUAUUCAUAUGGAUUUGCAAUCAUAUUACUUACCGUCCUCGUGAAAGUAGCAACUUUUCCUUUGACAAAGCAACAGGUUGAAUCAACGAUGGCAAUGCAAAAUCUCCAACCAAAGAUAAAAGCCAUACAAGAAAGAUACAAAGGAAAUCAGGAAAGAAUUCAACUUGAGACAUCACGUCUUUACAAGCAGGCUGGGGUCAAUCCAUUGGCAGGGUGCUUACCAACUUUGGCAACAAUACCAGUCUGGAUAGGAUUGUAUCAAGCUCUUUCGAAUGUAGCUAAUGAGGGACUGUUGACAGAAGGGUUUUUUUGGAUUCCUUCUUUGGGCGGGCCAACUACAAUUGCUGCACGCCAAAGUGGUGCCGGCAUCUCCUGGCUCUUUCCUUUUGUGGAUGGUCACCCCCCUAUUGGCUGGAGUGAUACUGCAGCCUAUCUUGUUCUGCCCGUUCUGCUAGUUGUCUCGCAAUAUGUUUCGAUGGAGUUGAUGAAGCCUCCCCAAACUGACCCGUCUCAGAAGAAUUCACUUCUCGUUCUGAAGUUCCUUCCUCUUAUGAUUGGCUAUUUUUCCUUAUCCGUCCCAUCCGGAUUAUCCAUCUAUUGGUUUACAAAUAAUGUCCUCAGUACUGCACAGCAGGUAUGGUUACGCAAAUUUGGUGGUGCUAAGCCUGUUGUGAAUGAGAACGCCGGUGGAAUUAUUAGUGCUGGAAAGGCAAAGCGGUCUGUAUCCCAACCUGCUCAAAUUGACGACAGGUCUAGACAAUUCAAAGGAGAAGUGAGAAGGCAAGAAGUGAGCAAAGCACUGCCAGAUGAUCAGGCAUCUGUUACUGAUUCUGAAAUAGGGUCAGAUGAUGAAUCGAAAGAAACAGAUGAAUUAGAAGAGGCAUAUGCAUCAAGUAGCAGCAAGCAGAUUCCCAAGUAUUCCACUCCAAAGAAGAGUAAGCGAUCAAAGCGGAAGCGUGUGGGUUAAUUGUUUUAGUGUAUUUAGUUACUAUUUAGUUUUGUAUAUUUACUGAAAUCAUACCCUAGUCAGUGUCAUAGUUGCCGUUUAAAUGGCUUGUUUGUUUCCACUUUUUAUUCACCAUUGCCCUUUUGCAUGUAUUUUGGGCUGACCACAUUUUUGUAAAACUAAAAUGUUACAAUAUUAAAUUAGAAUUAAAGCAACCAUCCUCGUACACCCUAUUGUCAUUGUUUU